ACUCUGACACAGCGACGACGCACACACGAUGAUGUAUACAUUUAGGAAAUUGCGUGUCGGUCAAGAAAAUCUUUUUUCCGCAACGAUGUCGUAAUAUUAAGUGUGUGCCGAUGACGACUGUUCGUUUUCCAUUCUCGGUAUUCGAAUUGUAUUGGUAUAAUAUACCCAUACUCUAAGCCUUACAAUUUUGUAAAUUCGAUCUUUGACAUAAAAAUACAAUGUUAGGACUAAACAAUUAUAGUACUAAGUUACUUAAUAACGCAAGACUUUUCAAUAAUGGCAGUGUCAUACGUCUACGUUCAAAUACUGCUACAUCGUCUUUUGAAAUAAUUCAACGAGAGAGAAAAGUGUCUACAAACAAUUAUAACCCUAGCCCUGUGGUUAUUAGCAGGGGAAAAGGAAUUUUUAUGUGGGACGUGGAAGGAAAAAAAUAUUAUGACUUUGUGGGAGGAUUUGCCACCCUCAAUCAGGGUCACUGUCAUCCAAAAAUUAUUAAGGCCAUGACAGAUCAAUUAAACAAACUUCAUCACACGUCAAGAGCUAUAUUUCACGAUUCGCUGUAUGAACUUAAUGAGUUCUUGACUGAACAAUUUGAAUAUGAAAAAGUUUUGAACAUGAAUACCGGUGUUGAGGGAGGAGAGUCUAGUAUCAAGAUUGCUAGAAAAUGGGGAUAUAGGGUGAAAAAAAUUCCACACAAUCAAGCUCAAGUUGUAUUUGCUCAUGGUAACUUUUGGGGGAGAACAAUAGCCGCCAUUUCUGCAUCCACAGAUCCAAUUUCUUUCAACGAAUUUGGACCUCACGUUCCUGGUUAUCAACUAGUGCCUUAUGAUGAUUUAGGAAAAUUAGAGCAAGCAUUAAGAAAUCCAAACGUGUGCGCAUUUAUGGUAGAACCAUUACAAGGCGAAGCAGGAGCAGUGGUCCCUACUCUAGGCUACUUGAAGGGAGUUCGUGAGCUUUGCACAAAAUACAAUGUCCUUUGGAUUGAUGAUGAAGUACAAGCUGGAUUGGGUAGAACCGGAAAAAUGUUAGCUGUUGAUUAUGAAAACGUGAAACCUGAUUUGUUGAUCCUAGGAAAAGCACUUUCUGGCGGAGUCUAUCCGGUUUCUGUGGUAUUGGGUAACAGUGAAGUAAUGGAUGUCCUUACUCCUGGUACACAUGGUUCCACAUAUGGCGGAAAUGCAUUAGCGUGUAAGGUCGCGCUGGCUUCACUAGACGUAAUCAUAAGCGAAGGCUUGGUAGAAAACGCAUUUAAGAUGGGCGAGAUCUUCAGGACUGAACUCACUGCUCGUUUGGACAAAGAUAAAGUGAUUCAAGUCAGAGGAAGAGGCUUGCUGAAUGCUAUCAUAUUAAAUACAAAAAGCGUAACCAAUAUCUACAAACUAAACAAUGAAAUGAAAACAAAUGGAUUGAUAUCUAAGCCUAUUGGAUCAGAUGCAUUGAGAUUUUCGCCACCAUUAAUACUUACAGAAGAACAAUUACGUGAAGGAAUUGAUAUAAUUGUAAACACUAUAAAUAAUUUUACUAAUAAUUAUCUUUAAUGUAAAAUCAAAAAUGAUGUACUUUUCAUAAAUUAAUUAAUUCAUUACAUCCAAACAUAACAUAAUUAUUACUAUUGUAUAAAUUAUAACAUGAGAACUAAAGGUCUGUAGUUCGUACACAUUUUAUAAAUAUCAUUGAACCCG